CCGCCGAAGAUGUCCCGGUUGGCUGUGCUCCCCAUUGUCCGCGCGCGCUCAUUAGCCAUGCAGGAUCUUGUCAGCCGGGUGAAUUUCCCUCUUUCUCGCGCGCCACCGUAUCCGCCAACGCUGGCGCUCUUUGGCGUGUGAUAAGUUCACUGAUCCAAGGAGAACCGCCUGGGUGUUGGCCGCGUAUAAAUGCCACAAACUCGCCUCGCUAGCGGCGGCGGCCGACAGAACGCGCGCCUAGGCCCAGUCGCAAGGGUACUCGCCUGGACACCUCCGCCGCCACGAUGGGCGCCGCCGGCCGCCUGCUGUUUUCCGCCACUGCUUGGAUCGCUGUGCUGCACUCUACAGUGGCAAUGGCGGCGAGCUACGGCCCCGUCAGCGCGGGCCCCCGAUUGGUUCCGGCCAGCGUCACGAGGAACCUGCGGAGCAGCAGCUAUACCGCUACGAGUGUCCUCCACGUAGCGGAGAGCAGCCCAUCAGAGGUCGCCGGGGUGAGCCGACGUCGCUCGGCACCACGGAACGGCGCCCCGGGAAGAAAAAGGCCCGGUGAUGACUUCGGCGUCAGCUACAUCGGCAGCCCGCCAGACUCCGAGGAGACCGGCAUCUGGGCGGACAUGGUGGUGUCCAAGCUGCGCAUGCAGGCCAAGCCGAGCCUGGGCGCCGAACCGCAGCCGGACAGGCGGCGCAGGCCGCCGGCCGCUCCUGCCAGAAAGAGGCCCGUCUACGUGCCCCGGUUCACUACGGCGGCUGGCGGCACCGCCAGCAGCAACGGCAACGUCCGCAGAAGCAGAGGCAGAGGCAGCAACAGCCGGCCGGCGCGAGCCAAGCCGCCUCGCUACAUGUAUUGGAAGACCGUUUCGUACACGCCAUUCCCGUACUACGGAUUUGGCUACGGACCGUACGGCUUUGGAUACGGCUGGAAGCCGUACGGCCCGUGGCCGAUAUACGGCUGAAAUUGAGCCGCCUGCUGCUGCUGCCCUGCUUUUCUCGCCUGUUAGUGCGGUCUCUUUCCGUGGGCAGCUUUGGGGACCCGCUCCCUCCCACACAUUUCAUCAGUUCUUCCUCUACUCAACCCGUGUGGCCAGGGACGCGUGAAAAUGAUGGACCGCACGUGCAUUAUGCUGAACUGGAGCUUCCCGUUACUUGUUGGCUCACGCUUGAAGUACAAGCGCGGGCUCCGUGUGAAUAAAUCACUACAGAGGAACCAGAUCCUUUGACAGGUAUACAUAGUCAAGGACCACCAGGAAGCAAGAAAGUGCUUUCAUGUUGAACACAAAAUAAGAUGACAGACCAUUCUAACUCCAGGAAUUCGGACGGUGACACCAAACUUUUUAAUUUUACCGUUAUUCAGCGCUUAUUCACAGAUCAUCGAACCUGAUCGACAUUUUAUUGCCCCUAAAUCUACUGUUAUGUUGCUUGCUUUUGCACCGCCAAUAUACUCCCAGCUGUUUGUUAGUAUUCACCGCAGAUACAAUAACCUUCCCGCUAUAAAAGCCCAAGUACUCGGGCUUCAGAAAAUAAGUCGUUAUUGACCUUUGCGAUAUGAUCCCAAAAUAUUCCUUAUGGUUUAUGCGCCAUCUCCACACGCUACGCAUGUGUAGUCGUCAUCGGCAAAUUUUCUCCUGUAACAAUGUGUUCGCAUAUACCUGCUGAUCUGGCUUCGAACGUGAGCGUGAACUUAUCUUUGAAUUACUGUAAAAUUCUGUUUUGACUUUAUUUUUUGCUGUUAGAUUUUUCAAUCGCUGACUUUUCCAUCGCGCAUAUCGAGUGUGCAGUUUCUGCCUCUUCAAAUUUACGUUUAACAUUCUGUUCCUUGUUACUGGCCAAUAACCCUGUUUCUUUUUCUCCACUGUGAGUUGACACUUUUUUUUUUA